AUGUCCAAUGAUGAAAAGCUCAAGAUCGUGGCCUCAAACGCUCUGAGGAAUCUGUUUGCUUCUGGGCAAAUCCACACGCCGAUAUCGUCUUUUGACCUCCUUGCACGCGUUGUCUCAUCGGGUCCUCCAAGUCCUGGUCUCUUCCCGGGACCUGAUCCACCACCAAACUUCCGCCUCACGGACCUCUCUCGGUUCGAACACAUACUAGACUCUCUGUCGCAGGACUGGGAGGAGGGAAAGAUUGUGCUGUCUCGUGACGGUGAGAUGACGGUCCUUGACGUCCAGCUCGGUCAAACGUCCAGGGGCCAGAACGGCGGACUAGGCACCGCUGCGCAUGGCAAGAAGCGCAAGCGCAUCGUAGACGAGGACGCAGACUCUGCGACUGCUGUGCAGGAAGACGAAGCGAGUAGCGAUGCAGAAUGCCGCAGACCUAUGCCCUCUACGCUGGACAGCUUGAGCAAGGACAUGCGCGAAGUGUAUGCGCUCUUGCAACGAGGUACGGCCAGGGGAAGGCUCCUCGCCGAGCAGUUCCAUUCUCCCAAUACGGCGUUCGAGCCCAUCUGCCCGAACAUCACCAAAGAGGAAUGCCUCAGCGCGCGUCGCGCCAUCGCGCCCGAAAGCGAUACCGCGUCGGUCACCAUCUGUGAGCGUGUGCAUUUUCGCCCGCUCAUCCGUCCGCACACGGACCCAACACUAGGACACUGCUCAUAUCUCAACACGUGCUACUCUGAGCCGACAUAUGCGCAAUCACCCUCGAUUCCUCCACUCCCAUCGAACAGGGCGCCGCACGGCUAUGGUGCUCAAGGCCAGACGACCGUGGCGCUUCCCAGCGGUCUUGGUGCUGGUGGGCGUGGCAAAGAGAAGGCGCCGUGCAGAUACCUGCACUUCGAGAUCGACUGGGACGUCAACGACGGCGCCGGCAGGUCCGACCAGACGGAGCCAAAGAAGAUGCUGCACAAGCUUGGCAUUGGCCUAGGGCCUACAGGAAAGGAGGUUUCACCGCUCCCGCCACAGUGGAUCAAUUGUGAUCUGCGCAGAUUCGACUACUCUGUGCUUGGUAAGUUUCAAGUCAUCAUGGCAGACCCGCCUUGGGAUAUCCACAUGAGUCUCCCGUACGGUACCAUGACCGACGACGAGAUGCGCGCGAUGCCAAUUCCCAUGUUGCAGGAUGAAGGCAUGCUCUUCCUCUGGGUCACCGGCCGUGCAAUGGAGGUCGGACGCGAGUGUAUGCGCGUGUGGGGCUACACGCGAGUCGACGAGGUCGUCUGGGUGAAGACCAACCAGCUGCAACGCGUGAUCCGCACGGGACGCACAGGGCAUUGGAUCAACCACACCAAGGAGCACAUGCUCGUCGGCGUCAAGACCGUCACAGACGAGCACGGGUGCCUCAAGUUCCCCAGUUGGGCCAACCGUGGUCUCGACACGGACGUCAUCGUCUCCGAGGUGCGCGAGACGUCGCGCAAACCCGACGAGGUGUACGGCCUCAUCGAGCGGAUGUGCCCCGGCGGACGCAAAAUCGAGAUCUUUGGGAGGAAGCACAACACGAGGUCUGGCUGGUUGACGCUUGGAAACCAGCUCGGCGGCGACCAGAUUUACGAAGAAGACCUUGCUACAAGGAUCAAGACUAGGUAUGCUACUCAUUCGCGCUUCCACACCAUGUGCUCACCGUGGUUAACACAGGUAUCCGGAGCGUGCUGUGAAUGGGCAGAACCGUUAUGUUAA